AUGAAUCGUAUUUCAGACAGCAAAGAAGAAGCCACAAACAGCAACAAAUUAGUAAUUACAUUCGAAGAUAUUUCAAAUAUAACCACAAAAUAUGGACAAAUUCCCGAUGGUUAUCAAAGUUUAAUAUGGGAGAAUGCAUGGUAUGUUCAUGAAUCUGAAGCACAGAAUUAUCACUCUAAUACCGGUUAUGAUCAUGCAUUUACUGGUAAUCGAAAAUAUCUUGCAUACAAUUUUGAACCAAACAAUCCAAUAUCAAUCAAGAGUUCCAACUCACAACAUCCAUUCACUUUUCAUUCGUUUGAGUCGAAUUCAAUUCA